UUAAUCCAAAGGAUGGUUCACGUUCAGAACUAUUCGCGUUAAAUAAUUCCAGCUUGUUAUUCUCUAUAGAUGACCCCGACAUUCAGGAACUUACUGUUUCAAAAUCUCUAAGUUGGGAACAUAUUAUUAAUGAACCUGAUAAGCACGCAAAUCAAUUAAAAAAAAAAAAUAAUUGUCUGAAGAACUGUGUUCGUCUAUAUUGGUAUUCAAUUCCGUUCUCAAUUGAUCUCAUUAGUGCUGUAUUUCGACAACGCAAAUUCACCAAAAAGAUGGUUAACAAUGAAAUAAUCAAUCACACUGAGGUUCAAGCCAAUGCCACUAUACGAUACCUUAAAUUCUUAUUUUUAAUGAAAGAGAAACAAAAUACUAUUUUAGUACCUACACUUGAUAUUGAUUUAUGUUGGCACACACAUCAGAUUCAUGCAUCACUUUAUCGUGAAUUUACCAAAAAGCAUAUUGGUCAAAUUAUUAAUCAUGAUGAUACAUUAGCUGAAGGUGUAUUGUCCGAUGGAUUUGCAACCACCGCUCGAGCUUGGUUCAAAAAUUAUCGCGAACCAUAUACUCAUGAUGAUCCAUCAAAGAUUUGGUUAACUACGAAAAAAAAGAUCAUGUCUGUUAUCAUACCACCUUAUGGUCUUUUAGUUCACAAUCGAUUAAAAAAGUAUAAAAAGACUCUUACUAAACAGCAUGAGAAAGAUAUAAAAAUUUAUAAUUUUGAUGAGAAGAAUGUGGAAAGUGUUGAAAGUGAAAAAGGAAAAGAAAAAGGAGACAUUUCGUCAAAAUAUGAUUCAUUAAAACACAAAUCAUUAAAAUACAAUUCAUUUGGAUUCUUUACAAUUCUUGGUAUUGAAAAUUUUGGAAGCUGUGGUGGUGACGUUAGUGGAUGUGGAACUAGCUGUGGUGGUGGAUUUGGAGAAGGCGGAUUUGGAGGAGGCGGUGAUGUUGGUGGAUAUGGGAUUAGCUAUGGUGGUGGAUUUGGAGAAGGCGGAUUUGGAGGAGGCGGUGAUGUUGGUGGAUAUGGGACUAGCUGUGGUGAUGGAUUUGGAGAAGGCGGAUUUGGAGGAGGCGGAUGUGGAGGAGGUGGUGAUGGAGGAGGCGGAUGUGGAGGAGGUGGUGAUGGAGGAGGCGGAUGUGGAGGAGGAGGAGGUGGAUGUGGUGGAUGUGGUGGAUGUGGAGGUGGCGGAUAA